CAUUAAUAAUAGGCAAAGGGGUUUUAGGUGGGUUUUUGUGGGAAGUAUAGUACUAAACUCAUCGCGCCUUUCGUAUAUCUCCAGCGACCCCAAAUGGUGGGCUUCCACAACCUCCGACAUGCCCACCGGCUCACCCGCUGCUCUCUUCUUGCUCAUAGUUCAGCUUCUAUAUUGCUGAAAGUGGGUCGGAGGAGUUAUUGCACUGCGACAGUCAGGAGUUUGUUACCUUUGAAUUCUAUCAGUGCCCCGUUAGCUUGUUUCCCCAGGACAUCAACACACUUGUUGCAAUAUCCUUUUACACAGGUCCUGAGGCAUGAACAAUUUUGUACUACUGCAGGAAAUGAGGAAAAACAAAAAAUAUCUGUAACUUUUGUUGACAAGGAUGGAGAAGAGAACCAUAUCAAGGUCCCUGUUGGAAUGUCUAUGUUAGAAGCUGCACAUGAAAAUGACAUUGAACUUGAAGUCAGUUGGGAGGCAUUUACUGGACGUGUUAGAAUUGUCAUCAAACGUCAUCACUUGCAAUCCUGCAAAAGUUUUGAAAAAAGAUGGAGAAGAAGAGUAGUAUUUGUUUACAGAUUUGAGCAUAACGUGUUGGAAUUCCCAAAAUUGUUUCAAAGUUAGUGGGAUGACUUUGCUCAAAGAGUUCCAGAAGGAGCACCAGGAGCAUUGUGAGCUCAUUGUCUUCAUACUAGAGAUACUACUGAAGCGGUGACGGUGAUUGUAAGAAGGGAAGUUUGUAAUGCAUCUAUAAGGAGAGACGGUGGUUGAAUUUAUGCACAAGGGAUGAUUUUAUUAAGACUCUUAAAUAACAGUUUUUAUGUUCUCAAUACUCCUUCCAGUUUCCACUUCAGCAUUAGAUAUUCCAUGAGCCACAAAUGCAUAUUUCUAGGCAAAUUACAUGAUUGACUCAUGCACAAACUUAUUCUGGUUUUAGGACAGUCAGAUAAAUAAAAACAUUGCUAAUAAGAACACUUUUAGAUAUUUUUGUGGUAUUAACAUUUCUAAGCAUGGCAACAGAUUCUUUGUGGUUAGCUUAACUAAAAUAGUAGGGCCU